GGGGGGUGGAGGGGGGUGCGAAAGAAGGUGGAAGAAAGGUGAAUGAGAAUGAAGAGCUGAGUUUGGGUCAAGAUCACACAUAUUUCAACAGUUUCACUGGAUCCAUUUUUGUCAGGAUCGACUCCUUGGAGGGGUGUGAAAACACCCUGGAACUAGACCUGAGUCGAUGUUUCUUCGACCAUCAAAGAGGUCUGAGCCACUACAGGGGAACAUGAUGAAAUGCUUUAUCAAUUUUUGAGAAUGUAUCUAGGCUGAAGUUUGCAGCAUUCAGGGUGGUCAAUAUAUGACUUAGAUAGUUUUUUGCAAAUAGAAUUUUUGUCGGCAGCGGGCGCCCUGGUGGAUAUAUAUAGGCUGGGGGGCUGCUCAUCGUUUCGCGGAUGCUCAGCCCUUCUAUAGGGUGCCAUGCUUUUGGACCAACCCUGGGACUGGGCAUGUUCGGCCAAUCAGACGGUCGCUGGACGGCAGGUCGAAAAAUACCGCAGGUCGACUUGCGGUAUUUUGUUGAUGUUUGUUUUUUGGUAUUUCAGUGAGUCUUGUGAGAUGUUCUCUUAAACAUCUUAAACUAUGUUUUUGGCGGGGGGCAGGACAUGUCGACCAGGCAAUCAGUAUCAUUAUAAGGCAAUCAGGGCCGCUAUCGAAUGAAGCAGGUGUUGUAUAUGUUGUUUUUUGGUAUAUUUUUGUUCGACCUACUUGAGGCUCCUCCACCUCCUCAACCUCACACAUGUUUGUGCAUGCCAAGUUCCCACCAUCAGCUCCAGCUGCCUGGGAUUCCGAUCUGCAACCCUUGAUGCUGCUCAGUCAUUGCCGCUCCAAAAACCGCAGGAUUUUUUCUUGACCCCAAACACACCACGCUCGCCACACUGCGGGAAGUGUUUCAUUUUGCUGGCAACUCGCGUUAUCUCGCAAUGCCUGUGGUGAGUAAGAUGACGCGCAGAACCUGCACGGCAGGUCUUCUUCUGGGCGGUGCUGCCUUCCUCGCUCCCCAGUCUCGCCACACCACGGCGGCACGGAGCUCUUCGUCCACGGCUUCAUCGAAGACGGACGAUACAGCGGGAGCUGUGGCAACGGUGGUUGCUAGCACUGCGCUUGGCACUCUUGCGGCCGCCAGUUCCCGCGCGCAAACCGGGCGCCGGUGUGCUGGGCGCACUGCCCGGAAAGCUGCUGCGAGGGAGGGUGGACUGCGGCGACUGGCCAGUGUGGUGGAGGAGCUCCUCCAACAGCCUCGGCCGCAGCACUUGCCACGGCUCUUGCUUGAGCUAAGCAGAUGUGCUGAAGAAGAGCUGCAGCGGUCCAAGCAGCUCACAGCGCCUGCCGCCAGGGCGUUUGCAGAGGUCUUGUCGAGCGUGGAGGACGCACUACGGGGUCCGGCGGAUGCCCAGCUCAGAUGGGCUGCUAGCUCAGCUGCUGCACUGCUGAUGAGCUAUGUGGUGACCCUGCAACCAGCGCAGGCGGCUGAUGUGGUGAAUUAUUCCGACUUUAUGGAGUCCAUCAACCGGGGCGAGGUGGAAAUGGUCAGAGUGCAGGAAGACAUGCUUUCAGCUCAGUACACCACUAAGGAUGGUAGCCGGCGGGAAGUGAACCUUAUCCCGAAUGCCCAGAUUGAAGAUCAGCUCUUCAACCAGCUAGCGGACAAGAAGGUGGAUGUGGUGAUGUCCCAGGUGGGCUCCAGCGGGUCUCCCUUCGACUUUUUGGCGAGCUUCGCCGGGCCCAUUUGUUGGCUCAUCGCCGGGCUUUUGCUCCUCUUUGGCGGCUUGCCCUUCGGCGGCCCGGGCGCGGGCGGCCCGGGCGGGAACCCCUUCGAGCUUGGCAAAUCCAAGGCUCGGAUCAUCAAGGACGGCGACACCAAGACCAAGUUCGCAGACGUGGCCGGCUGCGAUGGAGCCAAGACCGAGCUCAUGGAGGUGGUGGACUUCUUGAAGAACACCUCCCGGUACUCUGAACUGGGCGCCAAGAUUCCCAAGGGUGCCUUGUUGGUCGGCCCUCCUGGCACGGGGAAGACCUUGCUGGCCAAGGCGGUCGCUGGAGAGGCAGCGGUGCCAUUCUUCAGCAUCAGUGCUUCAGAGUUCGUGGAAAUCUUCGCAGGCAUUGGUGCUUCCCGCGUGCGUGACCUCUUCGAGCAAGCGAAGAAGAGUGCACCCUGCAUCAUUUUCAUCGACGAGAUUGAUGCCGUGGGCCGGCAGCGCAGUGCGGGCUUUGGUCAAGGCAACGAUGAGCGAGAGCAGACGGUGAACCAACUGCUCACGGAGAUGGAUGGCUUUGAGAGCAACAAGGGCGUGGUGGUCAUCGCCGCCACCAAUCGCGCGGACAUCCUGGACCAAGCCUUGGUGCGACCUGGUCGUUUCGAUCGACAGAUCCAGGUGGAUCCACCGGACGUGCAAGGCCGAACGGAGAUCCUGAAGGUCCAUGCGAAGGACAAGACCUUGGCCCCUGGCGUGGACUUGUCCGCCAUCGCGCGGCAAACGCCCGGCAUGUCGGGUGCCGACCUGGCGAACCUGCUGAACGAGGGCGCCAUCGUGGCGGCCAGGCAGAACAAGGCCGAGAUCGACGCCGAGGACAUUGCCAAUGCCUUAGAGCGCAUCUCCAUCGGUUUGGAGAAGAAGGAUGCUGUCAUGAGUGAGAAAAAGAAGAAACUGGUGGCCUACCACGAAGCUGGUCAUGCUAUUCUGGGUGCCCUGAUGAACGACUACGACGUGGUGGCCAAGAUCAGCAUCGUGCCCCGGGGACCGGCAGGCGGUGUGACGAUCUUCAUGCCCUCGGAGGAACGCCUGAACUCGGGACUCUACUCCAAGGAGUUCUUGGAGAAUCGCAUGUGUGUCGCUCUUGGAGGGCGCAUUGCUGAGGAGAUCAUCAAUGGCAAGGACAACGUCACAACUGGGGCUUCAAAUGACUUCCAGCAGUGUACUCAGGUGGCACAGGCCAUGGUGAUGCAGCUGGGCAUGUCGCCUGCAGUGGGGCAACGGCUGCUGGGAGGACAACAGCAAGGUGGGCCUUUCAUGGGUCGUGACUUCAUGGGACAAGGCGCUCCUCCUGUCUCCCAGCAACUCAAGCAGCAGGUCGACGGAGAGGUGAAGCGCAUUGUCGAUGAGCAGUACCAACGUGGUGUGAAGCUGCUGCAAGACAACAUGUACUUGUUGGAUGAGCUCGCGAAGAUGCUCUUGGAUCAGGAGAAAGUGAGUGGAGAGGAGCUUUUCAAGCUCAUUAACCAGGCAGCAGCCGAAGGGAAGUUGGUGAUGAGCAACAAGAUGGCGGUCGCUGCUUACGCUGGAGAGGAGGUCACCGCAGUGGCGAAGAAGAGCAGGUGUGUCCACCCGGAUAAGCCCAUGAUGUUCGCUUGCGCCGACUGCCCGCGCCGUGGGUUCUGCGGCACCAGCGCGGUCCCAAAAGCCGCUUCUGCCCGGAGUGGACGGAGCGCGCGUGCUGCAGUUGCACGCCUGGGGCUGGCUGCGGAACCAGAAAGAGCAUGCACUAGUGAUGUUGUGAUGGAGAAGGUGCAGGAGAUGGCUUCAGACAUCUCCAAUGGCCAAGCUCUUCCAGAGUCUCUGGUGAAGUCCGUGGCAGUGUCCACCAUGGUGGCCCUGUGCGCCUCCGCUGCACCGCUGCCUGCGCUCGCGGACGAUGCCGUGCCGCCCAUGCAGCCCUUCGGGGCUCCGCAGAUGCAGCAGGCGCCAGCUCGCGUCAGUGGACGGGUGACCUAUUCUCGACUUCUGGAGUUCGUGGACGAAGGUUCCGUGCGUCGUGUCGACUUCUACGACCUGGGCCGCACUGCCGUGGCGCUGGUCAAUGUGGCCGGCCGAGAACAGCAGCUGGUGUGCGAUUUGCCAGGCGCCACGACUGGGCUGAUUGAAAAGCUCACGGCGAAGAAGGUCCAAAUUGAGGUUCACCAGCCGGAGAAGCCGAAUCCCCUCUUCGGUGUCUUGGGCGACAUCGCCUUCCCUCUCCUCGUCAUCGGCGGCUUGCUCUUCCUCCGCUCGCGCGGUCCGGCUGGUGGCGGCAUUCCGGGCUUCGGCAACCAGGGUAAAGCCAAGAUCAUGAUCACACCUGAGACAGGAGUCAAGUUUGAGAAUGUUGCGGGCAUCGAUGAAGCCAAAGAAGAGCUCAUGGAGAUUGUCGACUUCCUCAAGGCCCCCGAACGCUUCGUGAAGGUGGGGGCGAAGAUCCCUCGGGGCGUCCUGUUGACCGGGCCUCCGGGCACUGGAAAGACCUUGAUGGCCAAGGCCUUGGCUGGAGAGUCCGGUGUACCGUUCAUCCAGUCCUCGGCCUCGGAAUACAUCGAGCUCUUCGUGGGCGUCGGGGCCUCACGCGUGCGGGACAUCUUCAAACAGGCCAAGGAGAAGGCGCCCUGCAUCGUUUUCAUCGAUGAGAUCGAUGCAAUUGGUCGGCAGCGAGGAGCUGGCAUGGGCGGUGGCAACGACGAGCGUGAGCAGACCUUGAAUCAGAUCCUCACCGAGAUGGAUGGCUUUGAGGGGAACUCUGGGGUCAUCGUGGUCGCCGCCACCAAUCGCUCGGACAUCCUGGACAGCGCCCUGCUGCGUCCGGGGCGCUUCGACCGGCGAGUGCAGGUGGCGUUGCCCGACGUUCAGGGGCGAGAAGAGAUUCUCAAGGUUCACGUGAAGAACAAGAAGCUGGCGGAGAACAUCACCUUGACCGAUAUCGCCAAGCGCACCGCCGGCUUCAGCGGGGCAGAUCUCGAGAACCUCAUGAAUGAGUCUGCCAUCUUGACAGCGCGGCGGAAUAAGAAGGCCAUUACCAUGGAUGAGAUCAACGAUGCCACAGAUCGCGUGAUUGCGGGCUUGGAGGGGCGCAGCCUGACCGACAAUGCCAGCAAGAAGCUCAUCGCUUACCAUGAGGCUGGCCAUGCGAUCGUGGGGACUUUGCUCCCAUACCACGACCCAGUGAACAAGGUGACGUUGAUCCCUCGUGGCCAAGCAAAGGGCCUCACCUGGUUCACCCCGGGAGAGGAUCAAAGCUUGAUCUCCGCCGCCAUGCUCAAGGCGCGCAUCGCCGGCGCCUUGGGUGGCCGUGCGGCAGAGCAGUUGGUCUUCGGUUCAGGACAGGUGACCACCGGCGCUGGCGGGGACCUGCAACAGGCAUCCAGCAAUCGAUCGCAGCAAGGCAUGGGCAUCGCUGUGCCAGGGGGGCGAGGUCGGCAAUCGACGUUUGAAUCACUACACCAACACCCUCGCUGACUCAUGGUCUUUGGUGCGCAAGCACCAGGGGAGCUGGGCUCACGGGGUAUGCGAAGUUCGAA